GCCUAAUAUAAAAAAAAAGCAUAAAAAAAUAAAUAUGGGAAACAAAGUAAUACUUAAACUUAAAAAACGUAAAUAAUCAUCUUCAGAAGAAGAACAAGAUGAAAGUGAAGAUGAAAAAAUAAAAAAUAAAAAAAGAUACAACUAUAAUAAUGAUUUAAAUAAACACUCAAUAAAUACAAUUAAUUAAAUACCUCGAAAAUCUGUAUUUGCAUAGAGUAAAAAUUAAAUUUUAUAAACAGGAUAAAAAUAGUCAAAUGAAAAUAAAUAACCAUAAAAUGCAUUGUAUUGGAAAAUGAUGAUAAAUUUAAAUGUUGAAUAUUAAUGUGAGUCUUUUAAUGACAUUAUGUAUUAUUAAUUAAAAAAUGAAAGGUAAAAAAAAGAUUAAGAAGAAUAAAAUAAAAUUAAAAGCACCUAAUAUAAAAUGCAAUAUAGAUCGAGAAAAAUAAAAGAAGAGACUAAAAAAUAAAAAGAAUUGAAAAAAGAAAAAACAAAUAAAUCUUUGUAGAAAUAAUUUUCCAAAUGUAUCGGAUAAAAUACACCUUAAAGUAUAAAAACGCCCCGUAAAAUUAAUAAUUUUGACUAAUAGUAAUCUUUUCAAAGCCAAGCAAUUUACAAAAGCUUUAAAAACAGUGAAAUUGAUAUUAAAAAAAUUAAAAAAUUUAAAAUUCCUAUACGAAAAAGCCAAAGAGUUUAAACAAUUUAAAUAAAAAAAAUGUAAAAAUCUCUAUAUUUUAAAGAAAAUAGUAGUCCUUCAUUUGUAUCUAUGUUCGUAAGAGUUAAAAAAAAGAACAAAAAUCAAUUAAAUGAGGAAAAAAUAAAAUUCACAUUUUAAAAUAUAACCCAUUUAAUAAAAUAAUAAAUUGUAUUUAUAGAUAAAUAAGAUAUAACAGAUACAAUAGGCAUAAAAGAAUUAUUUCAAGAAAUAAAAGUAAACAAUAAAAAUUCAUUUUUAUAUAUUUAACAAAAAAAUUAAUAGAGAAAUGAUUAUUAAACAGGUAUAAAACAAUUUAAUAUUUGGUCAGGUUCUGAUAUUUCUAAAAAAAUUUCCAUAAACAAAGCAAAAACGAAUAAAAUUUUGAAAGUUUUAAACACAAAACAUUAAGACAUAAAUAUAUACAUUUAAGGCUUUUUAGGAGUAAUAAAAGUUCUCCAUAAACACCAUAAAAAAUUCGUAUAAGGAAACAUAUUUAAUAACAUGGCCUUAGUAGCAGUUUUUUUAAACACAGUAUUAUUAGCAUUAGAUGGUUCAUUUCAAGAUGAAAGCACUAAUCUAUUAUUAGAUAGUAUAUCAGAAAUUUUUACUUAUAUAUUUAUGACUGAAAUGUCUUUAAAAAUACUCGCAUUAGGCAUUUUAGGCUAUAUAAGGGAUAAAAUGAACAUUUUUGAUGGCACAAUAGUCCUUUUAUCGGUUUUCGAAAUGAUAUUUUUCUCCGGUGGAAACAAGGCAAUAUCAGCAUUUAGGGCAGUGCGAAUUUUCCGUACUUUUAGAGUUUUAAGAGUAACUAGAUUAUUAAGAAGUUUAGAGUUUAUGUCUAAAAUUAUUUUCGUAAUAAGUUAAACUAUAGAUACUUUUAUGUAUAUAGCCUUGCUUUUGUUCCUUUUUAUAUUCAUUUACAGUCUUUUAGGAAUGUAAAUUUACGGAGGAAAUUACAAUUUCCCUAAUAACGAAUAUAGAGAGAGUUUUGAUUCAUUCAAUAAGGCUUUUAUUGCCGUUUUUUAAAUCCUUUCAUUAGAAAACUGGCAAGAAAUAUUAAUACUAAGCCUCAGAAGUAGCAUAAAUCCCGCAAUAACGGCUUUUUAUUUAAUUUCAUGGAUUUUUAUUGGAAACUUUGUCUUUUUGAACCUUUUCAUGGCCAUAAUUUUAGAUGGAUUCGUGAAUUAUUAAUAGUAAGAAUAACUAUAAUAAAAUGAAGGUGAAGAAAACGAAGGACAAGAAGAGGAAAAUCAAGGCAAUGAAAGUGAUAUGGAAGAAUACAUCAAAAACAUUUUAAAAAGUUAAAACCGGGAAAUAUAAAAUUACAUAUAUGAAGAUGAAAAUAAUGCUAAUGUUGAAUAAGUUCUAGAGUCAAACGACGAUUUAUUUGAGGAGACCAAAAACGAAAAAAAAAAGCUUUUUUAAGGCAUUGAAUGUGACGAUUCUUUAUUUAUUUUUAGCAAAAAAAAUUUCUUUAGAAUUUUUUUAUAUAAAAUAGUCCAACAUCACCAUUUUGAUAAUUGGAUUUUAUUCUUUAUUAUUAUCUCGAGUUUUAAAUUAAUUAUAGAUACAUAUAUUCCAGAAGGAACUAUGUUAGAUUAUUUUUCUAAAUAAAUGGAUGUUGCUUUUAAUAUUAUUUUUUCAAUAGAAGCCUGUUUUAAGAUUAUUGCGUAUGGAUUUGCUAUUGAUAAUAAUUCUUAUUUGACAGAUACAUGGUCUUAAUUGGAUUUUUUUAUUGUAUUUACCAGUAUGAUUGAUAUGUCUAUUGAAUCUGUAGAUAUUCCAGCUAUUAAAAUUUUGAGACUUUUAAGAACUUUAAGGCCUCUAAGAUUUAUUAGUCAUAAUGUAAAUAUGAAAGUAGUUGUUAUUGCUUUAUUCGAAUCUGUUGGAGCUAUUUUUAAUGUUUUAAUUGUGGUUAUUUUAAUAUGGUUUAUGUUUGCUAUAUUGGGAAUUUCUUUAAUUGGAUAAAGAUUAGGUUAUUGCGAUUUUGAAGAUAAAGAAAAAAUAUAUAGAGUUAACUAUGAUUAAGUAUUUUUUUCUAAUAAUAAUACAUAUCAUAUUUUGAUAUACAUAUAUAUAUAUAUAAAUAAAACAAAGUGUAUUAAAUAAGGUUUGAAGUGGAAAGUAUAUUCUACUAAUUUCGAUAAUAUAAUAUCCGCUAUGAUUACUAUUUAUAUUUUGAGUUCUUUAGAAGGUUGGCCUAACAUAAUGAUGCUAUGUAUAGAUUCUAACACAAAAGACAUAGUAAAAAAAAUAAAAAUAAAAUAAAAUAAAAAUAAAAUAAAAAAGGGUCCCAUAAAAGAUAAUUAUUAAAUAAUAGCUUAUUAUUUUGUAUUAUUUAUAUUAAUUGGUUCUUUUUUUUAAUAAACCUAUUUGUCGGUGUUAUAUUCUUAAAAUUCAACGAGGCCUAAAAAAACGAGAAUAGGUAAACUUCUCUUUUCUUAACAGAAAAGCAAUCUCGCUGGUUAGAAUUUUAAAUGA